CGUAUUUUUCAACCCAUCUCGACUGAAUAUUUAGCCUCAUCCAAGGAGCAUUAAUUUGAUAUCUUCAGAAUUUUGCCACCCUUGAUUUGGGAACCGACAUCGUUUGACAGGUUUAAACCUUAACUAUGAAACCAGGUUGAGUUUGUUUGUUUGACCGUGGCCACAGGGUAGAACUGAAGCGCUGAAGAUGACGCUGUCGCUUCUGAAAUUACCGGCUAGCUAGGCUAACGGCUAGCAUGUCCGCCUUGGUUGUAGCCUGUCACUAGCUGACACUUAGCUAGGUGCAGUUAUUCUGUUUGGCAUUCGCACUGCAGAGGACGAUUUUACAAGGGAGCUGGUUUAAACUCCCAUGCGGAAGGUGAGGAGCUGGGAAUGUGAGACAGUUGCCAGCGGACUCAAGAUGGGUAGGGGCCGAGGCAGAGGGAGAGGAAGGGGCAGGGGAUCAUCUGGACAGUUGCGGCCCCCCUCGCCCUACAGACUGCAGCUCUCUCCAUCCAGAGAGACUUUGACCUAUGCUCAGGCGCAGAAAAUAGUGGAAGUGGACCUGGAGGGAAGGCUCCAUCGUAUUAACAUCACAGAUGCUCUGCCGGUGAUCACCGAGGACGAGAUGAUGGCCCAGGACAUUGCUGAGUGCAACAGCAACAAGGAGAACAGUGAGCAAACGCAAACCAAAACCAGGUCAUGGAGGAAACCGCCAAACAGUAAAAGCAGGAAGAGUGUUAAAAAUAUGUCUCACCAGAACCAACGGUCCGGCUCCCAGCAGCACACAGGACCUACUAACUCUCUGCAGCAACCGGCUCACCAUAUCCCUCUGCCCGAGCCCGUCUUUCGUGUGCUGAGUUCAGUCUGCCCCUCAGAGGCGCCUCCUCUGCCGACCGCCUACUACCGUUUCAUAGAAAAGUCAAUGGAGGAACAGGACAGUGUGGCUGAGUACGACAUGGACGAGGAGGACCUUGCCUGGCUGGAGAUGGUCAACCAAAAGAGAGUGUGUGACGGCCACGCCUCCGUCUCCGCGGACGCCUUCGAGCUACUGAUUGACCGCCUGGAGAGGGAAUCCAUCUUGGAGUCGCGUAGCCAGGCUCUGUCCCAGAGUGCCGUGGACGAGGACGCUUUCUGCUGUGUCUGUCUGGAUGACGAAUGUUUGAACAGUAAUGUCAUCCUGUUCUGUGACAUCUGCAAUCUGGCCGUCCACCAGGAGUGCUACGGUGUGCCCUACGUACCGGAGGGUCAGUGGCUGUGCCGCUGCUGCCUGCAGUCCCCCUCCCGUCCUGUAGACUGUGUGCUCUGUCCCAACCAAGGAGGUGCCUUCAAACAGACAAGCGACGGACGUUGGGCCCACGUCGUUUGUGCCAUAUGGAUCCCAGAGGUGUGCUUUUCCAACACAGUGUUUCUGGAGCCCGUUGAGGGGGUCAAGAACAUCCCUCCUGCUCGCUGGAAGCUCACCUGCUACCUGUGUAAGCAGAAAGGCCGAGGAGCGUCCAUUCAGUGCCACAAAGCCAACUGCUACCGGGCCUUUCAUGUCACCUGCGCCCAGAAGGCCGGCCUCUUUAUGAAGAUAGACCCCGUCCGGGAGACGGGUGUCAACGGUACCACCUUCUCAGUCAAAAAGACUGCUUUCUGUGAGCAUCAUUCUCCAGUGGGGUCUCGGCGGGACGGGUCCGGCGACGAGUCAGUUGAAGGGAGACUGGUGGGGGGCAGGGGCAACCGGGGUCAACGAUCCUACACUCAGAGCCCCCCGCCGCCGCCACCACCAAACAAGAAGGCCGCCAAGGGCCAGAAGAAGAAGAACGCUAAGGGUUCCGGUCGGUCGACACGCCGCUCAGCCGUGCCUGUGCUGCUCGUGCCUCAGAUCCCGUCUCACAGGCUGAACAAGAUCUGCACAGGAGUUGAAGUCCAGAGGAAGAAUCAGUUCAUGCAGAGGCUUCAUAACUACUGGUUACUUAAACGGCAGUCACGAAACGGGAUGCCGUUAAUACGACGACUUCAUUCCCAUCUGCAGGCCCAAAAGACUGCGGAGCAGAGGGAGCCUGAUGAGAAGCUGUGCGCUGCGAGGGAGGAGCUACGAUACUGGCAGAAGUUGAGGCAAGAUCUGGAAAGAGCAAGGCUUUUGGUGGAACUCAUCCGCAAGAGAGAGAGGCUAAAGAGAGAACAGAUGAAAAUUCAGCAGGCUGCUCUUGAACUGCAGUUGACCCCUGCAUUGGUUCUUCUGCGAUCCACCUUGGAACAACUGCAGGAGAAAGACACGGCAAAGAUCUUCUCUCAGCCGGUCAAUCUAUCAGAGGUCCCAGAUUACCUGGAGUUUAUAUCCCAACCCAUGGACUUCUCCACCAUGUGCACCAAACUGGAGGGACAUGCUUACUGCUCCAUCGCGGACAUUGAGAAGGACUUCAACCUCAUGAUCUCCAACUGCCUCAAGUACAACUCCAAGGACACCAUGUUUCACAAGACAGCCUUACAACUGCGGGAGGUGGGCGGAGCCGUUCUCCGCCACGCCCACAGGCAGUCCCAGAGCAUCGGCCUGGACCCCAGCACUGGGAUGCACCUCCCAGAGUCUCCCAACAGACAUGGCUUCUACAACUGCACAUGGGACGACGUCGACUCCCUGUUGGACCCGGAGAACAGACUGCACUUGACCACGGACGAACAGCUGAAGGCCUUGCUGGACAAACUGGACAUGGUCGCAUCCAUGCGCACCAGUGGUGGUCGAACCAAACGCAUCAGGCUGCUGCGCCGAGAGAUCAACUCUCUCCGACAGAAGAGGAACCAGCAGCAGCAGCAGAACUCGCACUCUGUGAACGAGGAGGACGACGAGGGCGAAGAGGAGGAGUUGGACGAGGAGGAGGAAGAAAAGGGGGUGAAGGAAAAGAAAAAGAAGAAGAGGGGACCUUUGAGAGCCAUGUCAAAAUCUGGGACAGAUGACUCUCCACCUGUGCUAGAACUCACCUGCCCGGUAUCCUCGCCGUUGCCAGGAGACGCUCCACUGGAGCCUCCCGUCCUGGGACUCGUACCCGGAGGGCGAAGGUCACCCGGGCGCUCCUACAAGCGCCAGAGGUCGUCCCGCGGCGGAGGCAAAAGCCAAGCUGAAGAUGAGGCGGAAGUUGGCGAAACGCCGUCGUCGCAACAGGAGGCGGUGCACGAGGUCACUCCGCUGGGAACCCCCCCCACUCUGCCUUUGGUCGGAGUUGGUCGUCGCACAUCGGUUCUGUUUAAGAAAGCCAAGAACGGGGCGCGACUUGCAAAAAACAAGUCGCCACCGGAACAGAAUGGCAAAGAGUCUGAGGGCAAAAGCAACGGGUUGGACAGCACCCUCGCCAGCUCAAGUCCCCCCAGUGUGACCAACAUCAUGACCUUACCUCCCACCCCAAGCGCCUCCCCUGCACCCCCGUCCCCUUCCUCACACCACCUGAGGUCCAGAGGGCCGAGCUCAGAAAGUGAAGCGGACAAACUCCCUCCACCACCCAGAGAAGAAGGCCUGACAAAUGGAAAGCACACCUCUGCAGACCAUGACGACGACGACAAACAACUAACCUGCAGUCCCUCCCCACCCAAACGAAGUCGUGGUAAACCUGCGCUGGCGAAAGUUCCCAACAGUGAGCAUGGAGACAUCUGUGGAUCUGGACAGUCUACACUUCUGUCUCUAGACAGGGAGUCUGAGCUCGGGCCCCUGGACCUGGUCUGGGCCAAGUGCAGAGGCUAUCCGUCCUACCCAGCCAUGAUCGUUGAUCCAGACAUGCCCCAGGAGGGGCUCCUUCACAACGGCAUCCCCAUCCCAGUGCCUCCCGUGGAGGUGCUCAAACUAGGCGACUUCAGGGAAACGGAAGAGGGGGAAAAGCUCUUCUUGGUGCUGUUCUUUGACACCAAAAGAACUUGGCAGUGGCUCCCUCGGAACAAAUUACUGCCGAUGGGGAUGGACAACACGGCGGACAAACUGCGCCUGAUGGAGGGCAAGAAACCCAGCGUCCGAAAGUCUGUACACACGGCGUACGACCGGGCCAUGGUGCAUUUAAAUCACGUGAGAGGAAAUCUAAACUUCACUCCCUCCAAUUUUAUAUAGAGUUUUAGUUUUUGGAUGGUAUCCUAUGUGCAGAAGCUUCGCCCAGCCUUUUGAAAAGGUGUGACGGUAUAAAACAAAGCGGUUGAGCGUCGGUGGUAUAAUAGAAUCUUCUGUCACGAAACUGUUUCUCCGAUUUAUAAAAUGGAGAGUAAAGUGCUUGAAGACAUUUUUUUAGAUAAAUGUGUUCAUUUAUUCAUGUGAUUUUUGGAAAAACGAUUUUACACAACCACUCUUGCUGUUUUUAUUUUAGGCCAAAGUGAUUCAAGACAUAAGGAGAGAAGUGUAAAUAUGAAAUUAUCAAAGGGAACCUUUUUUAUUCAAAACCUAUUUAGAUUGUAUUUGCCAUUGAAAUGUCACUGUGUUUAAAGUGUGGAAGUCCCACUUAAUGUUCACGUUGUACCUGGACUCUACAGACGUUUGGCUUUGAAAGAAGAGUUACAUUUUUUGCCAAGAAAAAAUAUAAAUUAUAAAUUAUAAUCAGAGGUGCUAUAUAAUGUAACGUGCAUUAAAUCAGGAAGCCUUUUACGUAUUCAUAUUUUACUCAGCAUUACCUAACAAAGACAUGUCCAUCCAGAACAGCAAUGAAUCACAAAUUCUUGCAUACGUUUGGAGUGAAAAGGCAUUUUCAACAAAUCCGAAGAAACAAAAUGUCUUUCAAAAGAACCAUUUGAGAUCAAUGGAAAUCGUGCCACCGGAUGCCUUUCAGUCCAGAUAUGACGCGCUGCAGGUGGGACUUCAGAGGUCUUAUCUUUCCAUAUUGUGAAACUGUGUUAGGAUACUAGAAUGUUGGAGUACCUGGUGCAGCUACUUGGUUAGUGAGGUUCGAAGCCACUACAAAGAUGAAGAUGUGGGUAUAACAAAUUCUACUGCAAUCCCUCACUGAUGAACUUGUAAAUCCGGUUGAAAUGACUUGAAGCACAAAGAGUUUUAAAGAAGACUUGUAGGAUUGGUGAAUCCUGGAGCCAUAUGUGUGGCAAAAACGUGUGUGUGUGUGUGUGUGUACAGUAUAUACAUAUAUGAAUACAACCUCAGUGUAGUAAAAGGUACAUGUGUAUAGUUUUGUAAAUAUGUAAAUGUCUGUUUAUAUUGGCUUACAUGAAGUAAUUUAAGGAAUGCAAAAAUCAAAUUUAGAUUUUAAUUUAUAUGUGGCAGUCAAGAGUGUUAUUUAAAAAGUAAAAUAUUGAAAAGAUUUAUGUAUGAUGCUAAGUAGCUCUUUGUAACAGUGAUGGUAUUUUCCGGAAUAAGACUUGAGCUCAUUAGGCAGCAGUGACCGCACUAGUCUACAAACGCUGUCUUUUUCUGGUUCUUUUUUGUUCUUGGGUGGCACAGCAGAUUUUUGAAUUGUACUGCUAAGAUCUAUAACCUGCCUGAGACGAUAUUUUCUCACACAAGAAUAAAUGCUGUUUGAAACAACUGCAUGUGUGUCAUUU